UCACAAAAACCACACCACCAAAAAAAAGAAAAAGAAGACAAAAUUUGAAAUCGAUCGAUCAAUAUGGAAGCAAAGCAAAACUUGGUCAUAUUUGUUGCAACAUUGGUUAUAGUUGCAGCCAUUGGAAUUGAAAUGGCCAGUGCAGAUUCCUUGUGUGGUUUAACAAUAAAUGAUUUAAUGACAUGUAAGUCAGCAGUAUCUGGGCCCAAACCAUUGCCACCAUCUGAUAAAUGUUGUGCUGCUUUAACCAAAGCAGAUUUGCCUUGCCUUUGCACUUUCAAGAAUAGUCCAAUGUUGUCUACUUUCAAGAUUAAUUCAACUCUUGCUAUGGAUCUUCCAUCUAAAUGCAAACUUGAUUCACCUAAUUGCUCCGCUUAAUUUCUUAAUUAUUAAGGUGAAUUCAAGAUUUGAAGAUUCGUAUCGUACCUCCUGAGUUUUAAUUUGUUGUUGUUUGAAUUUUUAAGUGUUGUGGUUCCUAUUGUCAUGUGCUUUGUUUUAUUAUAUUACUUUUAUGGCAAGAGUUUAUGUUGAUCAACUUUAUGUGGUUGAUCUUAUUAGUUAUUUUAAUAAAGUUUGACGUUUUGUUUGUUGAGGUGA